CCCCACACACUGGCUCUCUCUAGCGGGCAAGGCUGCUUGGCUCGCCCGCUCGCCCGCCUCCUCUCCCGGGCAGCCAUGAACCGAGUGGGCAAGAAGGAUGAGACCCUCAUCGAGAUGGGUCUGGCCAAUGACGGAGAAGAAAGCAAUGGAGCUUUAUUUGAAAAUUUAUCAAACACAGAUUCAGAACUGCCUUGCAACUCUGAGGGCCUAAGUACCACUGAGACUACAUUACUCAUCUCUGAUCUUCAAGGGAAGGCUGGAAGGAGAUACAAUCUGUUCCUGAAGCAACGUCUCAGGAUUGAUAAGCGACAUCAAAGCAAGGACUCUGUUUUCUUCAGGGAUGGUGUCCGGCGAAUAGACUUCGUACUUGCAUAUGUGGAUGAUCCAAAAAUAGAAGGAGAAAAAAAAGUGGAACGGAGACGAGAAUUUGAGAACAAUCUAGAGAAGGCUGGCCUGGAACUAGAAACUGAAGACAAGAAGGAAUCUGACAAUGGCAAAACGUACUUUGUGAAGAUUCAUGCACCAUGGGAGGUUCUGAUCACAUAUGCUGAAGUGCUAAGCAUAAAAAUGCCCAUCAAAGAAAAUGAUAUCCCUUGUACUGCGGAAAACCCUUUGGAUUGGAUAUUUUGGCCAUUUAAACUGCCUGAAAUUGUGAUGCACCCAGAACCAGAUUACUUCACAGCCCCGUUCAGCAAAGAAAGGCAGGAACUCUACCUCAUUGAAGAUGAGAAUACAUUUUUCUCCCCUUCUGUCAGGAACAGAAUUGUUUUCUAUAUUUUAACAAGGUGUCCGUAUGGAACAGAAGAAGGGAAAAAGAAGUUUGGAAUCAAAAGGCUCUUGAAUAAUGGCACCUACACUGCUGCUUAUCCUCUUCAUGAUUGCCAGUACUGGAAGAGGGCGAACGACCCGAAGUGUGAAAAUGAAAGGUACACCCUCUACAGAGAAUGGGCAAGGUUUCCUCGUUUUUUCAAAGAACAGCCCUUGGAUCUUAUCAGGAAGUAUUAUGGGGAGAGGAUUGGAAUCUACUUUGCCUGGCUGGGGUUCUACACUGAGAUGCUGUUCUUUGCCGCUAUCGUUGGAUUAAUCUGUUUCCUGUAUGGUGCAUUCACAAUGAAUGAAAAUAUGAGUAGCCAGGAAAUAUGUGACUCCGAAAUUGGGGGAAAGAUUAUCAUGUGCCCACUAUGUGAUAAAAAAUGUGAUUACUGGAGAUUGAACUCCACGUGUGAAUCUUCAGAGUACUCCCAUUUGUUUGAUAAUGUGGCGACCCUCUUUUUUGCAAUCUUUAUGGGCAUCUGGGUCACACUUUUCUUGGAGUUCUGGAAGCGUCGGCAAGCUCGACUUGAAUAUGAAUGGGAUCUAGUUGAUUUUGAGGAGGAACAGCAACAACUCCAACUGAGACCAGAGUAUGAAGCAAAAUGUACUCAAAAGAGGAAGAAUCCAGUAACGCAGGAAGUAGAAUUGGUUAAGAGGAAGAGCAUACAUGACUAUGGGAAACUGAGCUUGUUGUACUUUGGAAUUUUGUUUUGGAUCUUUUUGAUCAUAGCUAGUAUGAUAGCCGUGAUAGUUUACCGCCUUGCCGUCUACGCUGCUUUUGCCAGCAUCAUGGAGAAUGCACAAACCUUGCAACCUAUUCAAGGUAUCCUGACACCACAACUGGCAACAUCGGUCACAGCUUCAUGCCUGAAUUUUGUCAUCAUUAUGAUACUGAAUUUCUUGUAUGAGAGGAUAGCCAUCUGGAUCACAGAUAUGGAGAUCCCAAGAACUCACCUUGAAUACGAGAACAGACUCACCAUGAAGAUGUUCCUGUUUCAGUUUGUCAACUACUAUUCUUCAUGUUUCUACGUGGCUUUCUUCAAAGGGAAAUUUGUGGGGUACCCUGGUCAUUACACAUACAUGUUUGAUCGCUGGAGAAAUGAAGAGUGUGAUCCUGCAGGAUGCCUGAUAGAGCUGACAACACAGCUUACCAUUAUCAUGGCUGGCAAACAGAUAUGGGGCAACAUCCAAGAGGCUAUUGUACCCUGGAUCCGGAAUUGGUGCGGGCGUCGGAAAGCCAGUAGCAGUCCUGAGAAUUUAUACAGUCGAUGGGAGCAGGACCAUGAUCUGCAGAACUUUGGAGCCUUGGGCCUAUUCUAUGAGUACUUGGAAAUGGUUAUCCAGUUUGGAUUUAUCACUUUAUUUGUGGCCUCUUUUCCUUUGGCUCCACUACUUGCUUUGAUGAACAACAUCCUGGAAAUUCGAGUUGAUUCUUGGAAGCUUACAACGCAGUUUAGAAGGCCAGUGGCAGCCAAAGCCCAUAGCAUAGGAGUUUGGCAAGAAAUUCUAAAUGGUAUGGCUAUCUUGUCUGUUGUCACAAAUGCAUUUAUUGUUGCCUUCACAUCCGAUAUGAUCCCUCGAUUGGUUUAUUACUAUGCCUACUCUAUGGAUCCUUACUCACCCAUGUCUGGAUACAUUAAUGACAGCCUCUCCAUAUUUCAAACCUCAGAUUUUCCUGAUAAAAACAUGCCUGACAUAAACCCAGAAAACUUUACCACUUGCAGGUACAGGGACUAUCGAUAUCCACCAGACCAUGAGAGGAAAUAUGCACACACAAUGCAGUUCUGGCACAUCCUGGCUGCCAAGAUGGCUUUUAUCAUUAUUAUGGAGCAUGUUGUUUUCAUUGUCAAAUUCUUUGUGGCUUGGAUGAUUCCUGAUGUCCCGGCUGAGGUGAAAGCCAAAAUAAAGCGUGAGAAAUACUUAACUCAGAAAAUCUUGCAUGAGUAUGAACUCAAUAAACUCAAGCAGAAGCUGUGUGAAAACAGGACCACCGCAAGCAUGGAAAAGGAAGUCAUUGCCACCGAAGGGAGAGUGGAGUUAUCAGAAGUCAUGUAACCUGAGGAACAGCUGACUGUGAAAUUCCAGCCUGUGAAAGUUGGUUGUCCGUUAUCUGAGAUGAGCAGCUCCAUAUGCGUGAAAGCUUCUCUUUUGGUUCUAACAAUUUUACUGAAGCAAGUGGAGAGAAUCAACAUGGAUUGCCUGUUGGCCAGUCAACAAGCUACG